AACCUAUCUGUUUCCGCAAGACACGCCUACGUAGCCAGUUCCCGUCCCCUCGACUCCCCAAAAGACGCCAGCAUUAGAGGGCGGUCCCUGGGUCUGGCUUUUCGACGCCUUGCUAUGAAGCCGCUUGGAAAUCUGUAUGAGGUCGGCAGGUGAGAAUGUCUGCUGAUGUCGAGUCCAAAUGAUAUUUUCAGGUGUUCUCUUGAUCUUGGUGCUAACAGAAGAAUUAGUAUUUACUGUUCUGACUCCCAAACUUGUGUCAUCUCAGAGCCUUCUGAUGGACAAUAUUAGUAUUUUAGCUAUGGAGACAACUCCAGGACUUGGAGGCCAUCACACAACCAAAUCUUUGCCCACAACAAUUCUUGCAAAUGCUGAUUCCAGUAGUAUAGCAGAAACUUCUGUUACUACUGUUGAUGAGAAGGAAUUAAACAGCAGCGAUUUUGUUCAUAACACAGAAUCUUAUCAUGUAUACAACCAGAAUGCUUUGUUGUCCAGGAAGUCACUUAACAAACGAAAAAUGUUCCUGGGUGUCCAAGGCAAUUUCACAGAAUUUACAGAACCUUAUCUAAAAACAGAAUUGUAUUCUUCUGCUACCACAGAAAAUUGGCCCCGAGAAUAUCCAUUUCAGACCCAGCCUACAGUUCACACCAGUCAUCAAAAUACUUUACAGGGAACCACAACAGACUCAAUUGAUUCUAUUCAUAACUUGGAAGGCCUUAAUGAAACAGGGAAGGGAAGGUCAUCAGAACUGAUUACACAGGAGAUUGAUCUCAUUACCCCAACAAUUGGUCCAUCAACUGUUCCUGAAACGGUGACAGUGCCUUUUAAAGCCACACGGUAUGGCAUAGAGGAUAUACUGGAGGGAAACAAUUCAUUGAUAAAUCCAAGCCAGAAUACAGAUCAGGUAGCCUUUUUUCCUGCUGGGACAACAGCAACAGAAGUAGACCUUGGACAAUCUAGUCAAAAUGAUGUUGAUGCCAAUCUUCCCUCCUUUUAUGCAACAGGGAGCUCUAUUGAGGAACCAGCUACCACUCUGCAUCCCUCUGUACAUAAUGCUAGCUUGCCAAGCAGUACACUGUCUAUGGAAUCCUUGACAUGGCUUCCAAGUUCCACUUCAACAGCCACAAAGAAUUUUCUAAACAGACUGGUACCUGCUGGUACCAGGAAGCCUGAUGUCUCAGGAAAUGUUUCUCAUGUCACAGAAAGGAACAAGCCCCAAUACAGAACAACUAUUUGUCUCAGCAAAGUGGAUAUAGCAUGGAUCAUCUUGGCCAUCAGUGUACCUGUAUCCUCAUGCUCUGUGCUAUUAACUGUCUGCUGCAUGCGACGAAAAAAGAAGACAUCAAAUCCAGAAAACAAUCUGAGUUAUUGGAACAAUGCAAUCACCAUGGAUUACUUCAACAGGCAUGCGGUAGAAUUGCCAAGAGAAAUACAAUCCUUUGAAACAUCUGAGGACCACCUUUCUGAACCCCGUUCUCCAGCCAAUGGGGAUUACAGGGACACCGGCAUGGUUCUCGUGAACCCUUUCUGUCAAGAGACGCUAUUUGUAGGACAUGAACAAGUGUCUGAAAUAUGAACCUUGCUCCUCUUCUUCAUUUUAUCUUUACGAAUUAUGAAUAUAAAUAUAUAUGUAUAUUAUAAAUAUAAUCUUUGUGUAGC